CGUUUUUUUGGGUUUAUUUUCGAUGCCUCUGUUGUGAGGUGAGAAAUGAUGAUGAUCAACACUGUUUUCUUAAGUUGUGAUUGCGGAGAGAAUUUGGAUUAGCUCGGCGUGAAUGGAUGAUUAUUUGAUCCAGAAUAGGCUCGACAAUGACCUGCAUUGUUGUAGGAAGGGGUGGAAUAUAAAAUGCCUUGAUUAACUCGAUCGAAUUCUGACUUUGCGUCCGUUCUGCCGAGCUUCGUCGCUCUGUUGUUGUUUUUGUAUUUGUUUGGAAGAGAAGGAAAUAUUUUGCGUCGUUGAGAUCAUAUAUUCCUUGAUCUUUGUUUCCGCUAGCUGAGUUGUUUAUGUUUUGAGCUUGCAUAGGCCAUACAUUUGAUCCCACGUAAAAAUAUCGUGGGACAUUAUAGCAUGGGGAAACGCUACGAUCAGAGGAACAAUUUUAACGCUGUGAUUCUUCCGUAAAAGUUACGAGCUUGCUGAUGAAGAAUGAGAUAUAAGCAUUGCUCUUGUUAGAAAAUGGAAGAGGAAGAAUGGAGUGAUUGUAAAGAACUCUCUGUGAAAGAUUAUGAGAAGCAAGGAGAGAACAGUAGUAUGGAUGAUGGAAAAGGAGACAGUAUUGAUGCAGAUAAGGUUGGGGGUGAUAGUGAUAUAGAAGUAGCUGGUCCCGCUACUACUGUUCCAAAUGAUGAACUUUCUGGGUAUGUCACAUCGAAUAGCGAGGAUAAAACUGGUAUGGAAAUGAGCCAGUCUUUGAGCACCAAUGACUUAAGGCAUUCAUCAAUUGAAAGUGGAUUUCAGUUUUCCUUUUCCAGCGCACAAUCAUUUGGGUUGGAUUCUCCACCGGAUUUAGAGGUGCAUCAAGAUCUUCAUUCUGCUAGUCCUGGGCCUGAGUGUGAUCCCAAUUUUCAUAUGAGAGAGUCCUCUUCUUCAGCUGGUCUUGACAGUGAUUUGCAAUUUUAUGGAGAUUCUGGAUAUCCUUCUUUUGACUCGCCUGAAAAGCCGAAACCUAAACAGGUUGCACCAAAUGUAUCACCAGAGCUUCUGCAUGUAGUGGAUUCAGCUAUCAUGGGAAAGGCAGAGAGCUUGGAAAAGCUGAAGAACGUUGUUAGUGGUGUUGAAAGUUUUGGAGGAGAUGAUGAUGCUGUGUCUAAGGCUUAUUUAAUUGUUGAUUCACUUCUAGCCACUAUGGGUGGUGUUGAAUCUUUGGAAGAGGAGGAUAAUCCACCCAGUGUGAUGCUGAAUUCCAGAGCUGCAAUAGUGGCGGGUGAGCUCAUUCCUUGGCUUCCUGAUAUUGGGGAUUUUGGGGGUCUCAUGUCUCCUAGAACACGGAUGGUGAAAGGAUUGCUAGCUAUUUUGCGUGCUUGUACUAGGAACCGAGCAAUGUGUUCUAUGGCUGGCUUAUUGGGAGUACUUCUCCGCUCAGCUGAGAGAAUUUUUGUUCAGGAUAUUGAUUCUGAAGAGGAAAUUGAAUGGGAUGGAACUCCUCUGUGUCAAUGCAUUCAGCAUCUAGCUGGACAUUCUCUUAGUCCACGUGAUCUGCACCAGUGGCUUCAAGUUGUUAAUAAAACUCUUAGCACAGCAUGGGCAUCUCGUUUAUUGAGUUCUUUGGAGAGUGCCAUGAGUGGAAAAGAGGUCACGGGCCCAGCGAGCACUUUUGAGCUUGAUGGUGAAAGUUCAGGUCUUCUCGGUCCAGGAGAUAGUAGAUGGCCUUUUACUAAUGGUUUUGGGUUUGCAACUUGGAUCUACAUCGAAUCAUUUGCUGACAAUAUCAGUACAGCCACUACUGCUGCAGCUAUUGCAAUGGCUGCUGCUGCCACAUCAGGGAAAGCAUCCCCCAUGUCAGCUGCUGCAGCUGCGAGUGCAUUAGCAGGUGAAGGCACAGCACACAUGCCUCGGCUGUUCAGUUUCUUAUCUGCAGACAAUCAGGGAAUGGAAGCAUAUUUUCACGCUCAAUUUUUAGUUGUUGAAUGUGGAAGUGGGAAAGGAAGGAAAGCUUCUCUACAUUUUACUCACGCAUUCAAGCCACAAUGUUGGUAUUUUAUUGGCCUUGAGCAUACUUGUAAGCAGGGAAUCCUUGGAAAAUCAGAGAGUGAGCUGAGGUUGUAUAUUGAUGGUUCCUUGUAUGAAAGUCGUCCAUUUGAUUUUCCAAGAAUAUCUAAGCCACUUGGUUUUUGUUGCAUUGGGACUAAUCCUCCUCCAACAAUGGCUGGAUUGCAACGUCGUCGUCGCCAAUGCCCAUUGUUUGCUGAGAUGGGACCUGUAUAUAUAUUCAAGGAACCCAUCGGACCAGAAAAAAUGGCAAGGUUGGCUUCUAGGGGAGGGGAUGUUCUGCCUUCAUUUGGCAAUGCUGCUGGAUCACCUUGGAUAUCAACAAGCAAUCAUGUGCAAAGUAUAGCACAGGAUAGCGCACUUCUGGAUGCUGAAAUUUCUGGAUUCAUUCAUCUGCUGUAUCAUCCUAGCAUGCUAAGUGGGCGUUACUGUCCGGAUGCUUCUCCUUUAGGAGCUGCAGGUACUCUCCGAAGGCCUGCUGAGAUUCUUGGUCAAGUGCAUGUUGCUUCAAGAAUGCGGCCUGCAGAAGCUUUGUGGGCCUUGGCUCAUGGAGGCCCCAUAUUCUUACUUCCUUUGGUGGUCAGCAGUAUGCAAGAGAAUAGUCUGGAGCCAGAGCAAAGUAACCACCCUUCUUUGUCUGUGGCCACUGCUGCUCUAGCAGCUCCCAUAUUCAGAAUCAUAUCUCUUGCUAUUAGGCACCCUUAUAACAAUGAAGAGGUCUGCCGUCAAAGAGGCCCUGAAAUAUUAUCAAGAAUCUUGACUUAUAUCCUCCAGACAUUAUCUUUGCUUGAUGUAGAAAAGAAGCAUGCGGAUGAGGAACUUGUAGCUGCUAUUGCUUCAAUAUGUCAGUCCCAGAAGUUUAAUCACAAAUUGAAAGUCCAUCUUUUCAGUGCACUGCUUCUUGAUCUGAAAAUAUGGAGUGUGUGCAGUUAUGGACUGCAGAAAAAACUUUUAUCAUCACUUGCUGAUAUGGUUUUCUCCGAGUCAUCAAUAAUGAGAGAUGCUAAUGCGAUCCAGGUGCUCCUAGAUGGUUGCAGACGAUGCUACUGGACAGUACGUGAAUCCAACUCCAUCAAUACUUUUUCCAUGAGUGAGGACGUUCGUCUUGUUGGUGAAGUGAAUGCAUUAGUGGAUGAACUUCUAGUGGUUAUUGAAUUGUUAGUUUUAGCAGCUCCACCAUCAUCGGCAGCUGCUGAUCUCCACUGUUUGUUGGGUUUCAUGAUUGAUUGCCCCCAACCUAAUCAGGUUGCCAGGGUUCUACACCUUAUUUACAGGUUGGUGGUCCAGCCAAAAACUGCCAGAGCACAAACUUUUUCUGAGGCAUUUAUCUCGUCUGGUGGCAUAGGGACACUUCUUGUUCUGUUACAACGUGAAGCAAAAGCAGGAGACCACAAUAUCCCAGAGUUGUUAACUUAUAAUGACGAGAAACUAUCUAGUGCCAAACCCGAUGUAGAUGCUGCUGAAAGAGCUUCUGCUAAAACAGGCCAUGUUGAUGGAGGAUCUGAGGAGAGAAAACAUUUGUCACAUGAAAAUGUUUCCAAGCGUGAAAACUCCACUGGUCAUAUAGCAUCUAAAAUGGAAAGGAUGCCCUCUAUCUCUGAAGAUAACUCCCCUAGAAAUUUUGGUGGUAUAAGUUGUUCAAUAAGUGCUGACAAUGCAAGGAAUAACACAUAUAAUGUUGAAAGCACUGAUGGUGUGAUUGUUGGAAUAAUUAAUCUAGUGAGUGCUUUAGUGAUGUCUGGACAUUUGAAAUUUGUUCCUCCUGCUCCUCAGGAUGUGACAAGCAACCUUUUGGGUUUGCUUGAAGGAGGAGGUACCAUGUUUGAUGAUAAGGUUUCUCUCCUCUUCUUUGGCAUACAAAAGGCUUUCCAAGCUGCACCUCAUCGGCUAAUGACUCGCUGUGCUUACACAGCCCUAUUGGCUGCCUCGUUAAACAAGUCUUCAGCAGAUGAUGGACUAAACUUCCACGAUUCAGGCCAUCACUUUGAGCACUUUCAGAUCUUAUUGAUUCUUCUCCGUUCUCUUCCAUAUGCACCAAUGCCAUUGCAAAGUCGAGCCCUACAGGAUCUUCUGAUUUUGGCUUGUAGCAAUCCCGAAAAUAGAAACAGUCUUACAAGUAUGGACGAAUGGCCUGAAUGGAUUUUGGAGAUUCUUAUUUCUAACUAUGAGAGGUAUGGAAGUAAAAAGACAAAUCUGUCAGGCUUGCGAGAUGUAGAAGACUUUAUCCACAAUUUCCUGAUCAUUAUAUUGGAGCAUUCAAUGCGCCAAAAGGAUGGUUGGCAGGAUAUUGAAGCUACAAUUCAUUGUGCAGAAUGGCUAUCUAUGGUGGGUGGUUCUAGCACUGGAGAUCUGCGGAUCAGACGAGAAGAAGCAUUGCCUAUUUUCAAAAGAAGACUUUUGGGUGAUUUGCUGGACUUUGCUACUAGAGAAUUGAAGACUCAGAUUCAAGUUAUUGCUGCAGCUGCGGCUGGUGUAGCAGCUGAGGGGUUGCCACCAAAGGAUGCAAAGAUAGAAGCAGACAAUGCUGCUCAGCUUUCAAUGGCUUUGGUUGAGAAUGCAAUUGUGAUUCUAAUGCUUGUUGAGGACCAUUUUCGACUACAAAGCAAGCUUUGUUGUGCUUCACGUUUUCCAACCGCAUCUCCUUCCCCAUUUUCAAAUUUUUUACCUAUUAGGGAUCGAUCUUCAAGUACAGUACGUGGAGAAACUACAUCAUCUCGUAAUUCAUCAUCAAGUGACACUGGAGGGCUCUCUCUUAAUGUUCUUGCUUCAAUGGCUGAUGCUAACGGGCAAAUUUCAGCAGCUGCAAUGGAGCGACUGACUGCUGCUGCAGCUGCAGAGCCCUAUGAAUCAGUUUCUUGUGCUUUUGCAUCAUAUGGAAGUUGUGUUAAAGACUUGGCUGAGGGAUGGAAGUACAGAAGUCGGUUGUGGUAUGGUGUCGGACUUCCUUCAAAUACAUCCGAAUUUGGUGGUGGUGGCAGUGGAUGGGAAUCUUGGAAAUUUGUGUUGGAGAAGGAUGCUGAUGGAAAUUGGAUUGAACUUCCAUUACUUAGGAAGUCAGUUUCAAUGCUUUAUGCUUUGCUGUUGGAUGAGUCUGGACUUGGUGGAAGUCUUGGAAUUGGUGUGGGCUCUAGUACUGGGAUGGGAUCCAUGUCAGCUCUUUACCAGUUAUUGGAUAGUGACCAACCAUUCCUUUGCAUGCUUCGAAUGGUGCUUGUUUCUUUAAGAGAGGAUGAUUAUGGUGAAGACAAUAUGCCGAUGACACAUCUAGGUACUGAACAUCGAUUGGAGGGUUUCAAUCAACAAGCUAGCAGUACCAUGCCUUUUGAUACAAGUACCAGAAUUCCAACCAAAAAACCACGAUCUGCAUUGCUUUGGAGUGUUUUAUCUCCUUUACUGAACAUGCCGAUUUCUGAGAAGAAGAGGCAGCGAGUUUUGGUUUCAUCAUGUGUCCUAUAUUCUGAGGUGUGGCAUGCAAUUGGAAGUGAUCGAAGUCCUCUCCGAAAAAAAUAUCUGGAGAUCAUUUUACCUCCAUUUGUUGCGCUUCUAAGAAGGUGGCGUCCUCUUUUGGCAGGGAUUCAUGAACUUGCUACUGCAGAUGGUACAAAUCCUCUUGUUGUUGAUGACCGUGCCUUGGCUACAGAUGCAUUGCCUGUUGAGGCUGCUCUUUCUAUGACAUCUCCUAGCUGGUCUGCUUCUUUUGCUUCACCUCCUGCUGCUAUGGCAUUAGCAAUGAUGGCGGCUGGUGCUGGUGGUGGAGAAACUACUACUCCUCAGACUACCUCUCAGCUUCGGCGUGACACAUCAUUGGUGAUGGAGCGGAAAACAACUAAAUUUCAAACAUUUUCUAGCUUUCAUAAACCUGUAGAGGUUCCUAGUAAAUCCCCAAAUAUUCCAAAGGAUAAAGCAUCUGCAAAAGCAGCUGCAUUGGCUGCUGCAAGAGACCUUGAGCGUAAUGCCAAAAUUGGCUCGGGAAGAGGGCUCAGUGCUGUAGCUAUGGCCACAUCUGCUCAGCGUCGGAGUAAAAGUGAUAAUGAACGUGUAAAGAGAUGGAAUGUUUCUGAAGCAAUGGGAACUGCCUGGACCGAAUGCCUGCAAUCAGUGGAUUCAAAAUCUGUAUAUGGCAAGGACUUCAAUGCCCUUUCAUACAAGUAUAUUGCUGUCCUUGUUGGAAGUUUAGCAUUGGCCAGGAACAUGAAGCGAUCCGAGGUUGACAGGAGGUCACAAGCAGAUACAAUAUCCCAGCAUCGAUUGUACACUGGAAAACAUGCAUGGCGCAAGCUUAUCCACUGCUUGAUAGAGAUGAAAUGUCUUCUUGGGCCUUCUAGUCAUGCUUUAUGCAAUCCUAAACGAGUGUUCUGGAAGCUAGAUUUUGUGGAAAGUUCUUCAAGGAUGAGGAGGAUUUUACGUAGGAACUAUGAAGGCUCUGAUCAUCUUGGUGCUGCUGCAUAUUAUGAAGAACAUAUCAAAGAGGAGGUUGAUAAUCAUAAGGCUAUUAGUCCAUCUAAAGCAUCUAUUGUAGCAGCAGAAGCCAUCUCAACCAAGGUAGAUUUUGAGGAUGAACCGGACAUGGAUGUUAACUCAAAUGUUGAAAAUCCCAAUGAAGUUCAGUCCAUAUCAUCUAAUCCCAGUGAGCAGCCAUUGAUGUCAUCGGAGUCCACAGAUACCCCAGUAACUAGGGACCCUGAAUCAGCACCAGCUCCAGAUGUUGUUGCACCUGGUUAUGUUCCUAGUGAAGAUGAUGAAAGAAUUAUUUUUGAGCUUUCAUCAUCAAUGGUUCGUCUUUUGAAGGUUCAGAAGGGCACGUUUCAAGUAACUACUAAAAGAAUCAACUUUAUUAUUGACCCUAUGGAUAAUAAUGGCACGGAAAAUGUAGAGGGCAUAAAUAAUAGUGAUGUGCGAGAAAAGGACCAGACCUGGUUGAUUUCAUCAGUUCACCAAGUAUACAGCAGAAGAUAUCUUUUGAGAAGAAGUGCAUUGGAGCUGUUCAUGGUUGACCGUUCAAAUUUCUUUUUUGACUUUGGGAGCAUUGAGGGACGGAAAAAUGCAUAUCGAGCCAUUGUUCAGGCCCGCCCUCCUCAUUUGAACAAUAUCUACUUAGCAACUCAGAAACCUGAACAGCUUCUGAAAAGAACUCAGCUUAUGGAACGUUGGGCUAGGUGGGAGAUCAGCAAUUUUGAGUAUUUGAUGCAGCUUAAUACAUUGGCUGGACGUAGUUACAAUGAUAUUACACAGUAUCCGGUGUUCCCAUGGAUUCUUUCUGAUUACAGCUCACAGAAUUUGGACCUUUCAAAUCCUUCUUCCUUUCGAGAUCUCUCAAAGCCAAUUGGUGGCCUCAAUCCUGAGAGACUACUGAAAAUCCAAGAAAGAUAUUCCACCUUUCAAGAUCCAGUCAUCCCCAAAUUCCACUAUGGAUCACAUUAUUCAACAGCUGGGACUGUUUUGUAUUACCUCACAAGAGUAGAACCUUUUACCACCCUUUCUAUUCAACUUCAGGGUGGAAAAUUUGAUCAUGCUGACAGAAUGUUCUCUGACAUUAAUGCAACUUGGAAUGGAGUUCUUGAAGACAUGAGUGACGUAAAAGAACUGGUUCCUGAGCUAUUUUAUCUUCCAGAGGUUUUGACCAACGAGAACUCAAUUGACUUUGGUACAACUCAACUUGGUGAAAAGCUUGACUCAGUUCGGCUUCCUCCUUGGGCUGAAAGCCCAGUUGACUUUGUACAUAAGCAUCAGAUGGCACUUGAGAGUGAGCACGUCUCCAAACAUUUGCAUGAAUGGAUUGAUCUCAUAUUUGGUUACAAGCAACGUGGAAAGGAAGCUGUAUUGGCAAGUAAUGUUUUCUUCCAUACCACGUAUGAAGGAGCUGUAGAUAUCGAUAAAAUAUCAGAUCCUGUUCAACAACGUGCUACCCAAGAUCAGAUUGCUUACUUUGGCCAAACCCCAUCACAGCUUCUAACUGUACCUCACAUGGAACGGAAGUCACUAACUGAAGUGCUUCACAUGCAGACAAUUUUCCGAAAUCCCACAGAGCUCAAGCCAUAUAUGGUUCCCUUCCCUGAACACUGCAAUCUGCCUGCUGCUGCCAUUCAUGCGUCCACUGAUUCUCUUAUCAUUGUCGACAUAAAUGCACCGGCAGCUCAUGUGGCUAGACAUAAGUGGCAACCAAACACGCCUGAUGGCCAGGGUCUGCCUUUCCUAUUUAAUCAUGGAAAACCAGAUGCAGGCGCUGCUGGUGGAAAUUUUAUGCGAAUGUUCAAAGGACCAGCUCCCUCUGAAUCAGAAGAGUGGAAUUUCCCGCGAGUGUCAGCGUUUACCAGUUCUGGAAUUCGAAGCACGAGAAUAGUUUCAAUCACUUGUGACAAAGAUAUUAUUACCGGAGGGCAUGUAGAUAACAGUGUAAGGCUGGUUUCAGCUGAUGGGGCCAAAACAUUGGAAAUAGCCAGAGGGCAUUGUGCUCCUGUGACAUGCCUGUCUCUAUCUUCUGAUAGCAGCUAUCUUGUGACCGGAUCAAGGGAUGCAAUAGUUUUACUCUGGAGAAUACAUCAAUCAACGGCUGCCAGUAGCUCAGGGACGCCUUCAUCUGCUGGCAGUGAUGCACCAGGUAACAAGAGCAAAAGGUGUCGAAUCGAGGGACCCAUUCACAUUCUCCGUGGUCAUCUACGGGAAAUAACGUGCUGUGCUGUCAGUUCGGACCUUGGAAUGGUUGCUUCUUGUUCAGAUUCUUCAGAUGUCCUACUUCAUACGAUAAGACGAGGACGGUUGGUCAGAAGACUUGGUGGCGUCGAAGCUCAUUUCUUGUGCCUCUCAUCCAGUGGACUUGUGAUUGCCUGGAACAAGUAUUUCUGCACUCUCAGCACCUUCACUCUUAAUGGAAUUCUAAUUUCUAAGAUGCAACUCCCACCUUCAUCGAGCGUUAGUUGCAUGGAGGUUUCUCUUAAUGGUCGGAAUGCUUUGGUUGGAUUGAAUCCUUCCUCAGAAAACAAUGCCGGUUUGGACCAAAUCCAGCAUGUGAAGUUAGACUCUGGGCAUGACCAUGAACUAAUGAAUGUUGUACAGGGUUUGCCCCUACCUUCCAUUUGGUUCUUCGAUCUUCAUAACCUAAAGGUCAUUCAUAAGUUGGAACUUGCAGAGGGACAAGAUAUUACCACUAUUGCCUUGGAUAAGGAUAACACAAAUCUUUUGGUGUCGACGGCAAAUAAGCAGUUGAUCAUAUUCACAGACCCUUCUCUGAGCUUAAAAAUCGUAGAUCACAACAUGCACAAACUGGGCUGGGAGUGAGAAUUCAAAGAUGAUGCAUCCAAGUUCCCUUCUAGCAAGACUUCCGGCAGAGUCGACACUGCAGACUUUCUCAUGGUUAUCCUCUCCAAUCUCAUACUCUUCCCUCAAAUUCUUUCAGACACUAACUAUGAAACGACGGCCUGUUCGUGGAGAAACCCUCGCACCUUCGAGUGAUUUUGUUUUUCCACGAAAGGGGUUGCCACGGCUUCUGCUACAACACUAUAUAUCCAUAUAUAUAUAUAGAUAG